AUGCCCGUCUCGAUCGAGGAGCUCGACAGCACGGUCCGCACCUUUUACGAGGGUCGCGGGGACCAGCAAAAAGCCGCCCAGGCCGCCUUGAACCAGUUCAAGGAAGACCCCGAUGCGUGGCUCAUGGUAGACAAGAUUCUAUCAGACGCGCAGUAUCCGCAAACCAAAUACUUGGGCCUACAGGUUCUCGACAAUGUCAUCUCGACGAGAUGGAAGGUCCUGCCGCGGGACCAGUGCCAAGGCAUCCGAAACUUCAUUGUCCAGUUCAUCAUCCAGAGCUCGAGCUCCGAGGAGGCCCUGCAAAGCAACAAGACUCUUCUCAACAAGCUCAACCUCGUCCUUAUCUCCGUCCUCAAGCAAGAAUGGCCGCACAACUGGCCCACAUUCAUUAACGAGAUCAUCUCGUCCUGCCAUGCGAACCUUUCGAUCUGCGAGAACAACAUGAUCAUUCUGCGUUUGCUCUCGGAGGAGGUGUUUGACUACUCUGCCGAGCAGAUGACGUCCACGAAGACGAGGAACAUGAAGCAGACCAUGUGUGCCGAGUUUUCGCAAAUCUUCCAGCUCUGCCAGGAGGUCCUCACGACGGCCGACCAGCCCAGCCUCGUCAAGGCGACGCUCGAGACCCUUCUUCGCUUCUGCAACUGGAUCCCCCUCGGUUACAUCUUCGAGACGAACCUGAUCGACACGCUCCGCACCCGCUUCCUGUCGGUCCCCGAGUUUCGCAACAUCACGUUGCAGUGUCUGACGGAGAUUGGCGGACUGCAAACUGGUGGCGCCGGGCAGGCCAACUCAUACGAUGAGCAGCUCGUCAAGAUGUUCACCGAGGUUCUCACGACCAUUGCGGACAUUAUCCCCGUAUCGCUGGAUCUGAAGUCGACUUAUCCCAGCAGUAACUCCCGGGACCAGGAAUUCGUCCAGAACCUGGCGCUUUUCCUUUGCAACUUUUUCGGCGCGCACCUCAAUCUGAUCGAGAAUCUGCCGAAUCGAGACUACCUGCUCCACGGUCACUACUAUCUGAUCCGGAUAUCACAGAUCGACGAUCGCGAGAUUUUCAAGAUUUGCCUCGACUACUGGCUGAAGCUGGUCCAGGAGCUUUACGAGGAAAUGCAGCAGCUGCCCAUUACCGACUUGAACCCGCUCAUGGCCGUCGGCGGUGGCAUGUCGGGUAGUGGCGCGCCGAACCCUUCGCUCCUGAUGAACUAUCCGCUACGGAAGCACAAGUACAACGAGGUCCUCUCAAACCUUCGUGUCGUUAUGAUCGAGCGCAUGGUCCGACCCGAGGAAGUGCUGAUCGUCGAAAACGAUGAGGGAGAAAUCGUGCGCGAGUUUGUCAAGGAGAGCGACACCGUCCAGCUGUACAAGACCAUCAGGGAAUGCCUCGUCUACCUCACUCAUUUGGAUGUGGUCGACACCGAGAACAUCAUGACGGAGAAGCUUGCCAGGCAGGUUGACGGCUCGGAGUGGUCAUGGCACAACUGCAACGUGCUCUGCUGGGCCAUUGGCUCCAUCUCGCUGGCCAUGAACGAGGAAACAGAAAAGCGCUUCCUCGUCACAGUUAUCAAGGACCUCCUCGGACUUACGGAGAUGAAGCGAGGCAAAGACAACAAAGCUGUCGUGGCCAGUAACAUCAUGUACAUUGUCGGCCAGUACCCUCGCUUCCUCAAGGCCCAUUGGAAGUUCCUCAAGACUGUCGUCAACAAGCUGUUUGAGUUUAUGCACGAGUCGCACGAAGGUGUUCAGGACAUGGCUUGCGAUACAUUCAUCAAGAUUGCUCGGCAAUGUCGGCGCCAUUUCGUGGCACUGCAGCCUAGCGAGCAGGAGCCGUUUAUCGAAGAGAUUGUGCGCAACAUGGGCAAGAUUACCUGUGAUCUUACGCCCCAGCAGGUCCACACGUUCUACGAAGCCUGCGGCUACAUGGUCGCAGCUCAGGGCAACAAACACCAGCAGGAGAGACUGCUUGCCGACCUGAUGAAUAUCCCGAACGCCGCCUGGGACGAGAUCAUCAAGCAGGCCACGGUCAACCCGUCGAUCCUGCAGGACGCUGAGACGAUCAAGGUCAUUGGCAACAUCAUGAAGACUAACGUGUCUGCAUGCACGUCGAUUGGACCUUAUUUCUACCCUCAGAUCGGUCGCAUCUACCACGACAUGCUUCAGAUGUACCGCGCCACCAGCACACUGAUUUCUGAGGCUGUCGCCCGAGACGGUGAACUCGCGACCAAGAUGCCCAAGGUCCGCGGCUUGCGCACCAUCAAGAAGGAGAUCCUGAAGCUCAUCGAGACGUACGUUGAGAAGGCCGAGGAUCUCCAGGCCGUGCGACUCCAGAUGGUUCCCCCGCUGUUGGACUCCGUUCUGGUCGACUAUAACCGAAAUGUACCAGGUGCCCGUGACGCAGAGGUCUUGAAGGCCAUGUCCACGAUUAUCACCAAGCUCUCUUCUCUCAUGGAGGACCAGGUCCCUACCAUCAUGGAGAAUGUGUUCGAGUGCACCCUCGACAUGAUCAACAAGGACUUUUCCGAAUUCCCCGAACACCGAGUCGAGUUCUUUAACCUGUUGCGGGCCAUUAACCUGCACUGCUUCCCAGCCCUGUUGAAGCUCGACAACAACCAGUUCAAGUUCGUCAUCGAUUCCUGCUCGUGGGCAUUCAAGCAUGACAACCGAGACGUCGAGGCGGCAGGCCUCAACAUGUGCCUGGAGCUCAUCAACAACAUUGCCGACAAGACGGACGUUGCCACAGCCAACGCAUUCUUCCAGCGCUUCUUCACCACAAUCUUGCAGGAUGUGCUGUUCGUGGUCACGGAUAGCGACCACAAAGCUGGGUUCAAGACUCAGUCGAUGCUGCUGAUGAAGCUGUUCUACUUCAUCCAGCCGGCGGACGGGUCGCAGCCCAAGAUCCAGGGCCCCAUCUACACUCCCGAUCAGGCGCAGGCGGGAACCACCAACAAGGACUUCUUGGGCAACUCGGUCGCGACCCUGCUUCGCAACGCGUUCCCCAACUUGCAAGCGGCGCAAGUUGCGAGCUUCGUAGAGGGACUCUUCAACCUCAACACGCAAUACGACAAGUUCCGACUGAACCUCCGGGACUUCCUCAUCUCCCUCAAGGAGUUUGCCGGCGACAACGCGGAGCUUUACAUUGUCGAGAAGGAGCAGCAGGAGCGAGAUGCCAAGGCUGCCGACAUGGAGAGGCGGCAGAAGGAGCUCAGGACCGAGUUCGCGCCGCGCCUGGAGAGGAAAGAGUCGCUCGAAGCAGAGCACAUCAGCAGCCGGGACUGGGUCGGAGACGGCUGGGAGUUUUACGGAGUGUAA